AAAUCUAAAAAUGGAAUGCAGAUGGCCCGUGGGAACUGGGAAGGACAGCUCCCGGGAUUUUGAAUUCUUGAUUCAGAUGAAAUGUAACCAACCACCCGUCAGGUUCCAAUUACUACGAAAAUCAAGCUCCUCAACUUAAGCAGCUGCUGUAACGUGAGGCACUCUCGAAGGCCCCCCCUCUCAACCUCAGAUAUUCUUCUGGUGCUCCAAUCCCGAUAAAUCGAAUCAGCGUCAACUACAUAAAACUAGAAAGGUCAGACUUUUCCAUUCCGGAGACGCAAACAUGGGUGCUGCUCAGUCAGUCGCAGAGAAAUCUAUCCAUGAAUUCACUGUCAAGGACGCGAAGGGUAAGGACGUUGAACUCAGCAUAUACAAAGGGAAGGUCCUUCUUGUGGUUAACGUUGCAUCCAAAUGUGGGUUUACAGAUACGAAUUACACCCAGUUGACUGAGGUUUACAGCCAAUAUAAGGACAAAGGUUUGGAGAUCUUGGCAUUUCCAUGCAAUCAGUUUUUAAAACAAGAGCCUGGGACAAGUGAGGAGGCGGAACAAUUUGCAUGCACAAGAUAUAAAGCUGAAUAUCCAAUAUUUCAAAAGGUUCGUUGCAAUGGGCCAAAUACAGUGCCUCUCUACAAGUUUCUCAAAUCAAGUAAAACUGGAUUCAUGGGGUCUAGGAUAAAGUGGAAUUUCACUAAGUUCUUGGUGGAUAAGGAAGGUCAUGUCAUCGAACGCUAUGGCCCAACCACUACUCCUUUGUCCAUUGAGGCUGACAUCAAGAAAGCGCUGGGAAUCGAAUGAGACUUUUAAGUAGUUGGUUCAGCUCGAAUGAAGAAAGUUAAUUAUGGACAUCAAUAAAUUAGCAAAUCUACUAUAUUGGCGCCACUAUCCUCUGCUGUUACCUUUUAGACAUUCUCAUGUCACAUAUCUGUAUUUUCUUUUUGGUACCCCCCCACUUUCACUGUGUCUAGUUUUUGUUGUAAUUGCCAGGUUCUAUGUUUUUGUAUGGUUUGAAUGGCAUUAUAACUGUCCAUACUAGAUUGUUGUUCAAUGGAAGUGCGAGUUAUUGUGUUUGGAACAA